AAAAAACGAGGACCUCUUUUUGAUUGAAGAAGAAGUUGGUUAAAUUUGUUGAAGGACGGGUUAGGUAUAAUUCAUUCAUCAAUGAAUUACAAAUGUUUGAUUCAGUCUGGCGUAAUUGACUAAAAAGGUCUGCUUGAAGCUACCGAAUGGUCGUUUGUUGCUGUGCUGUUGGUUAGCUCUUCUCGUGCUGUCAUUGACAGACACACCACAGGUCUUUUCUCCAAAAUGGUGAAAAUGGACAGUUCUGAAAUGGAAACAACGAUGGAUUUAAAAUGUCAGAAGGAAAAAGUCGACGAACAUGCGAGACGCAAGCUCGUCGAAGGAGAGAAGUGGUAUUUGAUAGCAUCAUCAUGGUUCACACGUUUAAUGGAUUAUUUGAACAGCGAUGAUCCAAAUGAUGCUGAAAAUCCUGGUCCUAUUGACAACUCUAGUAUUCUUCAAGGUGAUGACAAUGAAUUACUUAGAGAACAUCUCAUCGAUGAAAUGGACUAUAAACUGGUUCCUGAAGAUAUCUGGGAGUAUCUAGUUAACAUCUAUGGUUUAGCGGGAGGUCAAGAACCCAUAUCGAGAUAUGUUGUCAAUGUUGGAGAGUUCCAGGCUCACCUGAAAGUUGAAGUAUAUUUAGUUAAUAUAGAGCUGUGUAAGGAUUUUGAAUUAGACAAGACAGUUAAAAUGUAUUUCAGCAAGAAAGAUCCAGCUGGCAAAGUCCAUGAUGCAGCUAGGAAACAUUUUGAGAUUCCUGACACCAUCAAAAGUCAACUUUGGACUUGCUUUUCAAACAAUGCUUACAAUCUUGUCAAAAAUCUUGAAAAAACACUCCAAGAAGAGCUGAUAUGUCCUAAUUGUGUAGUUAUUCUUGACACCCAAGGUCCAGAUGGAGUCUACUCAAGUAAAGAGCAUAUGAAAAGAUUUGACCUCCGAGAGCCUGUUAACAAAUCAACAGCAUCGAAAGAGACUGUCAAAAGUGCUGCUAUUCCUUUGCCAGCUCCUGAAGCACCUUCAUCUGCUCCCCCUAUGACAACUAGGUACAGCAUGAACCAUUCAACUGUUACUGCUGGAUUGUGUGGUCUUUCUAAUUUGGGAAACACCUGUUUUAUGAACAGUGUGCUCCAGUGUAUGAGUAACACUCCUCCCAUCACUGAUUACUUCCUCAACAACCAUCAUCAUGAUGACCUAAAUGUUGAUAAUCCAUUAGGUAUGCGAGGUGAAAUUGCCAAGUCUUUCGGUGAGCUGAUCAAAACGAUGUGGAGUGGCACUUCAAGUACUGUACCUCAUCACUUCAAGCUUCAAGUCUCCAAAUUUGCCCCACAAUUUUCUGGGUACCAACAACAUGAUGCUCAAGAAUUACUCACGUUCCUCUUGGAUGGGUUGCAUGAAGAUCUUAACCGCAUUCAUGACAAGCCAUAUAUUAAGCAGAGAGACUCUGAUGGACGGCCUGAUGAGGUUGUUGCUGCUGAAGCAUGGAGCAACUACAAGAAACGCAAUGACUCAAUAAUUGUUGAACUUUUCCACGGACUAUUAAAAUCUACUGUGUGGUGUCCUCGGUGCAAGAUAACAUCUGUCACGUUUGACCCGUCAUGUUACCUAUCAUUACCCUUGCCUACCAAGUUACAUCGUCAAGUAGAGGUAUUAUUUAUUCCGUACUCAGGAGAGCAGAAACCAACACAUUACAGAGUUCAAGUGCCUCAGAGAGCACGCAUGGAAGAUGUGUUUCAAGGAUUACAUAAAUUUACAAAUUACCCUGUAGACCAAAUGAUUGCCACCGAAAAUGUGAAGCAUCACUUCCAGCAGAUAUUUGAUGCUACUGACUCAUUAGAUUCAUUAAGGGACGACAAAGAUCCAAUAGCUGUCUACCAAAUUCCUGUAUCAAUUCAUGACAAAAAGUAUGUUGCUCUACCGGUUUGCCAGUGGGAGUUGGCUGAAAGGAAAGAGUUUGCAAGAAGUCAGUUGUUUGGCAUGCCAGUGUUUGUUGUGGUUCCCAGAGUCGGAUGCUCAUAUCAUCAACUCUGCAAUGCAAUUCUCAAGAGAAUGGAUCCUUACCUCCUGAUUAAUGUGACUCCGAACCCCACUUACAAGAGUUUUGAUGAUGACUCUGUACAUCUAAAUGGAAGUAUGAAAGAUUCGGAUAAUGAAGAUGAGGAGGAUGAAGACAGUGAAGGGAAAGCUGCUAAUGGGGAUGGUCAUGAGAAGAUGGAUCUUCACUUUGAACAUGAGGAUUGGGAUAGAGAUGAUGAAGAUCAAAAGUAUACAAAUGGGGACUCUAUCAAUCAAACUAACAAGUUUGGAAUAUUCAUUGUGAACAACAAUAGGAUUCAAAGCAUGAAUUCUUCUGACAUGAACAAAAUUAUUACUUUCCCUGAUGCUUUGGGAAGACAAUACCUGGCAAUUCAAUGGACGCCAAAAUCUCGUCAAACAUACUUCAAAGAAACAGCAGUUCGUGACUAUGUGAAGCAUGAAAGUUACCUUUCUAUGAGGUCAGUUGGCGUUGACUUGAAAGACUGUCUAUCUCUCUACACCAGCACAGAGAAAUUGGAUGCAUCUGAGGCCUGGUACUGUCCAAAGUGCAAAGACCACAUAGAAGCAACCAAAAAGUUUGAUCUGUGGAAUCUUCCAAGAAUACUUGUUAUCCAUCUGAAGCGGUUCCACUUCAGCAGAUUCCGCCGAGACAAAAUUGACCUCACCGUCAAUUUCCCACUACAUGGAUUGGAACUGAAAGAUUAUAUUGUAGAUCCUAACUACGAUAAGAGCUCUACUUAUGACCUAAUUGGAGUUUGCAAUCAUUAUGGAAACCUUGCUGGGGGUCACUAUACAGCUUAUGGGCUGAACAAGUUAGAAAAUUCGUGGUAUCUGUUUGAUGAUAAUCAUGUUGGGAGAGCAAAUGAGUCAGCUGUUGUGUCAAACAACGCGUAUGUACUGUUCUAUAUGCGCCGUGAUGAUGAAGAAAUGCAGCAAUAGCCAAUGCCAACCCUGUUAAAAUAAUUGUGUGAAGUGGUAAAUUCCACUGUGAUGUGCAAGUAAGCAUCUUUGAGUGGCAACACUUGAAAGCCUUAUGAAGGAAACCUUUUUAUUUAAAAUAUGCUGUGAUAAAACUGAAGGUUUACCCACAAGUCAAGACAUAGAAGCUGGAAUGUUUGCAUUAUGACUGAUGGAAGAACUAAGGCAGUGAGAGGACAUUUCAUUGUUGUUUAGUGUUUUACAGUUGUCUUGUUUGACAUUUAGCUAAUUGUUCAUCAUUAUUUGUCAUGUGUUUUGUUUACUAACUAAUCCUCCUGAGAGGCUGCAUGGAUUUCUUGUCUCUCUGCCUUCUAUAACAGCUUUGUUUUGAAACAUAGCUUCUUUUGAGGUAUGUGUCUCUUGCUUGUAUUUGUUAUUCUCUUUGCCUAUUAUUGACCGGACUAUGUAUGUCAAGCUCCGAUUGUAAUGGUAAAAGAGACUAGAGCCUUCAUUUCCCAAAACUGUUAAUGGUACUGUUCACAAAUUGGUACAAAGUAAACUGGAUUUGAUUCUCACUUUUGCUGUAGACAUCCUAGUGAGUUAUAUUUCUUAUUUAAAAAAGAGAGUAUCGAUGAACAUGUAUUAAAUGUAGAAGAUUGUCCAAUUAAUUCCAGUUUAUUUUUUAAACAUCAGCUUCUAAUAUUAGCUUGAAGCUGUCCUGAUAUUUUUCAACUACUGUUAAAAUAUUGAGAUAUAUAUUUGAACUAGUUUUGAGAUUUGAGGCUGAGACUUUUGCUAAAAUGGUAGUGUUAACUUACCAUCAAGCAGUGAAGACAGUGGCCGUAUGUACUAUCGAUUCACUAAUUGGGUUCUCUGUUUCUCUAGGAAAAUAUUCUGUGGAAAGUGGCAUGUGGGUUUUAUUUAUUGCCUUAUUUAUUUCUUAUGAAUUGAUUGUUCCUUUUACUACAUUAAUUUUGAAGUGUUCAGUUAAGUGCUAAUUUCUAUCUUAAAUAUCCAACCUUCCUCUGUUAAACUCUUUCUAAUUAACCGUACUAGGCCCUUCUCUUGUACUUAUCACACCUAUUUUGUUGUUGUCCAAUUUCUUGUUCUACUCAAAUUUUGCUAUGUAGUGCAACCCCAAUGUUAAUAUUUUAGUUUGGUGUAGUUUAGGAAUCACUUCUGUUCUUAAUGUUUUUAUCAGUGAAACCUUUUCACUGAUGUUUUUAAAAUGUGGUGUUCAGGUUUUCUGGAAAGAUUGUUAUGCUUUAGCUGUAGUAUCAAAGCCUAAAAUUCCCUUUUAUAUGCCACAGGAAAAGACUGUAUCUCUGUUUAAUUUUAAAAAUCACUUUGCCUUGCACAUUUUUAAUGAAGGAAAUAUGAUAAUUUUUAAUUUGGCAUACCCUUGUAGGCUUUUAAUUUUGAUUUCCAUUAAGAUCAGAAAUCUAUUGUACAAAGCAUGUAAAGCACUCCAAAAGUUUGUCAAAUUUUGUUGAGGAGAUUUCUUAAUAUUUAUGAACGGUGUAUCAUGUGAAGGUGCUCAAGUCGAAGAUUAUCAAUUUGUCCAUUGUAAGCUAAAAUUCUUUUGAUACGUAUUGUUGAAGUCAUGUAGUAUUAGCAUAUAAAAUUAACAGUUUUUACAAAAAUGUGAUGGUAGUUCAAGUGUGGAUGAUGUAUGAUAUGACUGCUAUCUGAUUUGAUUCAGCAAAUGUGAAAUUAGGAGCAACUUAUUUUAUUUCUGAGUUGUUUUUGUUUCAUUUUUUUUUUUUUUUCGAUUUGGUUCUUCUGGUAAAGUGCCGCCAACUGUUUGUUGCCGUUUUAAUUAUGCCACUGAUUUGUGAGAUCAGGACCCUUUUAUUUUCACUAUACGGAGAGUUGGUACAUUUUGGUGUCAAACUUUGAAAUCAAAUGUACAAAUAAAAGAAUGCGGAACAUUUCA